GAAGACUGGGAGACGAAAGGCAUGUUGGAACGCACCCUCGCAAUCAAGUGUCCCACAAUUGCUGAACUCCUGGCCAACACCAAACUCGUGCAGACUGCCCUGGCCCAGCCCAACGUACUAAAGCGGUUCUUCGGCGAUGACACGGACAGAAUUAACAACCUCACUUCUACUUUUGCCCGCCAGACCUUCCUCUCGACUGAUUUUGAGCUCGCCUCAAAGGCCGAAAUCGACGCGAUUGUCUCUGACUGUAUGCAGAAUCCCUCAAACUACGUGCUCAAACCGCAGAGGGAGGGCGGCGGAAACAACAUAUUCGGCGAAGCGGCUCCUUGGGGUAGUCCGCCAAAGAACAGUUAUCUCCAACUUUUCGCCUGCGCACGCCUCCGCAAUGUCCUCUCUCCAAAGCUCCUGUUUCAGUUGACAUCGGCAUGGACUGCUGAGCCUGACGAUCUUUGCCUUGCGCUCUAG